GGAAAAAUUUUCUCGUAGCUCUCUUCAAAACUCUCUUAUUUUUUCUCGUCAAAAUCCUCCAUUUUAGGUGUCCGCCUGUCCCCUUCAAGCGCGAAUAAACCCUCUCUCUCUCUAAUAUCAAAGCCACAACUUCUCUCACUCUUCUUUCUUUGCACACACAUUUCCCUCACUGCACUCUCUAUCUUUAAUUUCCUCACCUCAUUUCUGCCUUGACAAAAAGGGAAAAAAAAAAAACAAAAAUUUAAACUAUGGAAGCACCAGAAUUCUAUGGUCAGUCUGGGAUUUGUUCGCAAUUUGCAAAUGAAAAGCACCAUUCUUUGGAUUCUAAGCCCAGUGGUGGUGGAGGAGGUGGUGACCAUUUCAUCGUUGAGGACCUCUUGGACUUCUCUAACGAGGAUGCCGUUGUUACCGAUGGUGGCGCUUUCGAUACCGUUACUGGAAACUCCACGGAUUCCUCCACCGUUACUGUUGUCGAUAGCUGUAAUUCAUCGUCCUUCUCGGGAUGUGAGCCUUGCUUUAAAGGAGAUGUUGGGUCCCGUAAUAUUGCCGACGCUCAAUUCUCUAGCGACCUUUGCGUGCCGUAUGAUGAUUUGGCUGAGCUCGAAUGGUUAUCGAAUUUCGUGGAGGAAUCCUUCUCCAGCGAGGACUUGCAACAGCUCCAGCUGAUAUCAGGCAUAAGAGCUCGACCAGACGAAUCAUCAGAAAUCCGAAAUUUUCAAUCUCACUGCAAUGUUAACAAUACUACCAUCAGCAACAACGCUGCAGCCACCAAUAACAACAACAACAACCCAAUUUUCCACCCAGAAAUGUCCGUCCCAGCCAAGGCUCGUAGCAAACGCUCUCGAGCUGCCCCAUGCAACUGGGCCUCCCGCCUUCUCGUUCUCUCCCCCACCACCUCAUCAUCGGACCCCGAAAUCGUCGUCACCCCAGCAAACCAUCCUAUCUCUGAGAAAAAGACAGUUAAAGCUCCUGGGCCAAAGCGAAGAGAAGGUGCCGAUGGUGGAGCUGGGAAUGGUGACGGGCGAAAAUGCCUGCAUUGUGCCACAGACAAGACGCCGCAGUGGCGGACCGGACCAAUGGGUCCAAAGACGCUGUGCAACGCUUGUGGUGUGAGAUACAAGUCAGGUAGAUUGGUGCCGGAAUAUCGGCCUGCCGCGAGCCCAACUUUUGUGCUCACUAAGCAUUCAAAUUCACACAGGAAGGUGCUGGAACUUCGGCGUCAGAAGGAGUUGCUAAGGGCCCAGCAGCAGCAACAGCAUCAAUUUCUCCAUCACCAUCAGAGUAUGGUUUUUGAUGUAUCCAACGGGGACGAUUACUUGAUUCACCAACACGUGGGGCCCGAUUUCGGGCAGCUGAUCUAGUAACGUAGGGAAGAGGCAGCAGGUGAUUCAGGUGGGGUCUUCUGAUGAUCUAGUAGCGAAAUUCGUUAGUGAAUUUCGUUUAUUCUUCUAAUUUUGCCUAACUUCCUUUGAUUUUCUUAGACUCUUUAAAGUUUUUUUUUUUUUUUCCUUUUCCAAUCUCUAGUUGCCUUUUGUUUACCAAAGUUGGCAAUCUCUGUGGAAACUCAAAUUUUCAUAAUUCAGGAUUUUUUUUUUUCAA